AUGGAUUGAAUAAGCCGGGAUUUCCUCUUGCUAACAAAUGAUUCAGUGUAAGGCUGGCAACACUGGUGUUUGUUAGGACCAGGGACGGCGUAUGAAGCAGGAUAAUUGUGUGGAAGCGAGGAAACUUUUUUUUGAUAAAUGAGCGUUAAUCAUAUUCCGGGAAAGUGCCUAAGGAUAUCGUGGCAGUGAAAGUUAUUAUAUAUAUUAAGGGAAAUUUGCUUGCGGGAGGGAAUAAAUGUAAGAUAUUUCUGGAUACUUAAACGGAAUAUCGGCUAGGCCAGAUUGUAAGAAGAAAUAAAUAUGGUCCAUUCGUCGAGAUCAGGUAGCCGGUGUUCCAGAUCUUCGGGAGGCAUCAUUUCUAUCAUCUAAUUGGACAACGCACUGUUUGAAAGCAGAAGCGCAGUGUUAAAUGUUAUAAGAAUGAGCGUUAUUUGUGGAUUAUUUGUUAAUCUGUGAUUCCCCCUUUCCCAACAUACAGAAAUACAAGGAGAUAAUCAAAAUUCAUUCAUGAUUUAGUCGGAAAUUGUUCAUGGAGGUUUGUUGCUUGUAAUAGCAAUUGGAUGUCCAGAGUACGAUAACUCUUAAGGGAGCGAUAUGGAUAUUUGUUUUGGCAAGAUGAAUCAAAAGAAUGAUGUGAAUCGACAAGCUCAAAGUAGUUAAACCGUCUGCUCUUUGGACAACAAUGGAAUAUUACGUAAUAAAGAAAUAAUACGAAAUAUCAUGCAAGUGUUUGAAUGACGCAGUGCUGUUUAUUAAGUGAAUUCAAUUAUGUAGAAAUGGAGGGUGUUGACAUGCCUUGCCUAAAUGGUACUGUGUAUCAAAGUGAUGGAAAUACACAAUUCGUGGUGGCAAAAACCGUAUUGUUUAGCCUUAUAGAUCUGGCUGUGGUUCUCGGAAACAGCCUUGUGAUAGCCGCCGUGUUUACUACCCGAAAACUUCGGACGGUGACGAACAUUUUUAUUGUGUCGCUAGCGUGUGCGGAUCUACUGAUCGGGUUUGCGGUGUUACCAUUCUCAAUAUCGUUGGAAGUGGACGAGUGGUUGUGGGGCCAGGUGUGGUGCAGCAUGUGGCUCGCCAUCGAUGUCUGGCUGUGCACUGCCUCCAUCCUCAGCCUCUGUGCGAUCAGCUUUGACCGCUAUAUCGCCGUGACCCAUCCAAUCAAGUACCCGACUAUUAUGUCGGCGUCGCGUGGUAGAUGGCUUGUCGCAUCUGUUUGGAUUUUAUCAUUUGUGAUAUGCUUGCCCCCUCUGCUCGGAUGGAAUGAUAGCAGUAUGCACAGAAAAACUUCCUCGACCUUUCUCAACGAGUUGCAACGCUCGUUUUCAUUACAGAAUCGUUCAUCCCUAAAUCAGGCUAAUAUGCAAGACAUUCUCCCGGGACCGCAACAGGAUAUUGUCUUCAAUCUUACUGAAUAUAUUUAACCGCUAUAAGAACUGCAGCUUCAAUCCGCAGAGGCGUGCUUACGACGAAGAUU